UUGAGUGUGCGCAUGUGCGCGGUCGGAAACUCCUCGCCAACGUUCAUCACAGAAGCGACCUGUUCGGGAGUUUGUCGACACACUAUGACUCAUUAGGGAAAAAGGGAAUAUGGCCAUGGGUCAACAACAUCCUUCCAUGAUUAGAAUCCAAGAAAUUCAGAAGGGAAUCCAUGAAGCUAGGCGACUUGUAGUUUCGUUCAGUGGUACACAGUCUGAUAGAGAAUACAAGCGCCUGGAGAGCACUUUGAUCAAGAUGCUGUUUGAGUUAGAUGCAGUAGACACUGAUGGCAAGCCUGACAUCCAGCAUGGCCGAAGAAGUGCAGUGAAUGAUGUGGAGGGACUGCUCAAAGAGUUAGAGCAAAUUGCAACUCAUCCAUCACGUCUGAGGGUGGAAAAGGUCUUCAGUGAUGCACAACAGUUGGUUACCAAUGAGUUAUCUUCAGCUGGGGGUUUGAUAACUGAGGAAUUUGCUGAGCGCAUCCAAGAAAUUAUAUUUCAACUGACACAGGUGAAAACAGGAGGAAAAAUUAGCUUGAGGAAAGCUAGAUAUCGAGCUUUGACCAAGAUUUGUGCACUGCAGGACAUCAUUGACAAUUGUAUUGGUCGGCAAGCCUUAUCUUUACCUCUGUCUGCAGAUACACACCCUUCUGUUCCCAAGAUCAACUCUGUUUUAUGUGAAGUUAGCAAAGCAAGAUGGGAUGUAAUUGGCCUACUUAUGAACCUGAAUACCUUGGAGAACUGUGCACAUCUUUCACGUAUUCUCACAGGAUUGUUAAUGCAAUUGGAUGCAAUCGAUGUGGCUGGGCACUCAGAAGCAAGAAACUAUCGGAAACGUGUAGUGCAUGAAAUCAAUUGUUUACUCGAACACUUGGAGAUUGAAUCAGAAGGCGAGGCUGCAGGUAGUUACGAUCUAGCACAAAAUCAGUCUAUCAAACAGAUAGAAGAAAUAGGGAAGAAGACGGCACAUUUAAAACAACAGCUGCUACAACUAGAAAAUGCUUCUGACCUCCAUUUCAAACCAAAAGGAGAACUGCAAAGUGUUCUUACUGAAUUAGAUAAAGUAGACAUUGGCAAAAAUCCAUGUAUCCGUGAAGCUAGGAGAAGAGCUGUAGUUGAUGUGCAGGCUGUAAUAGCUUAUGUUGACCUGAAAGAGACGCUUGCGAAGAGAGCAAACAUGGAAGAGCAACUUAGGGAUGAACACCCUUCACAGAAAGCUAUAUGGCAGGUUCUGAGCGAUUUGUCAGAAUUUCAAAAGCAGGUAUUGUCAUUUGAUGGAGACAGAACAGACAAGAAUUACAUGAGACUGGAAGAAAUGCUCACAAAGCAACUCCUAGCACUCGAUGCAGUAGAGACCCGAGGGAAUGAUGGUGCUAAGGUUGCCAGAAAACAAGCAGUGAAAUUUGCUCAAAAUAUUCUGAAUUAUCUAGACAUGAAAACAGAUGAAUGGGAAUAUUGAAUAGCAGUUCAAUGCAUGAAGCAUAGCGUUUUUGACUCAUGCUUUGCACUAUUUCUAUUCAUUUAGAAGAAUUGUUGAGGCACAUUUACCACUAUCAGGAAGA